CAAGGCCCAAAGACUCCUAGCUCCGAUUUUUUCUCCCCCACAACAGACAGCCCAUUUAGCUUUUCUCUCUUUCCCCCCACAUUUCCUCCAAGCCGCAGAGAUUUGGAGAGAGAAAAAAAGAAAGAUUCAGUUUCAGAGGGAGAAACCAGAGAGGCCAUUAAUGUCUGUCAUCGGGAAAUCGUGAACGGAGGAGCUCUUGCUUUUCACGGAAUCGUCAGUAGCCAGCCGGUGGCAGGAAAAAUUCGUCUAGCAAACGAAAAUAUCAAAAACUGGCAUUGUGCUCGUGUGAUUUCUAAAUUUGUAGAUUCUUAUUGAGGGAGAAAUCGAGAGUGGAAAGAAGGAAAAAUGGAUCUUAGUAAGGCAACAUUGGAGAUCUUCACGAAAUUGGAGCAGAAAUGGCUUUCGCACUGUGACAAGGCGAAAAAGACACGAAUUCUCAGCAUUGACGGCGGUGGAACCACUGGCAUUGUUGCCGGCGCUGCCCUUCUACACCUAGAGGACCAGAUCUGCCUCAAAACUGGCGAUCCGCAUGCUCAUAUCGUCGAUUUCUUCGAUAUUAUUGCUGGCACUGGUGUCGGAGCUCUCCUCGCUGCCCUGCUAUCUGCUGAUGACGGCUCAGGCCGUCCCCUGUUUACUGCUAAGGAAGCCGUCAGAUUCAUUUCGGAGAAGAACUCCGAGCUUUUUAGGCCCAAGUUCGUCGGAGUGCUCUGCCGCCGCCGGAGAUUCUCCGGCCAGAGUAUCGAUAAGGUGUUGAAGGAAGCUUUUAAGAGAGAGGACGGCACGGCCUUGACUUUGAAGGAUACGUGUAAGCCUCUGCUGGUCCCUUGCUACGACCUCAAGAGCUCUGCUCCUUUCGUUUUCUCUCGCGCCGACGCCUCUGAGUCACCUAGUUUCAACUUCGAGCUUUGGAAAGUGUGCCGCGCCACGUCAGCAACGCCUGGCCUGUUCAAGCCGUUUUCUCUGACAUCAGUAGACGGCAAGACUUCCUGCUCCGCCGUAGACGGUGGCCUAGCAAUGAACAACCCGACGGCAGCAGCAGUGACGCACGUGCUCCACAACAAGAGAGAUUUUCCAUCAGUUAACAGUGUUGAAGAUCUAUUAGUCCUUUCCUUAGGUAACGGCCCCUCGUCUGGUGGACCGAAGGUUCGUUGUAACGGCGAGUGCUCAACGUCUUCUGUUGUCGACAUUGUGCUCGAUGGAGUCUCAGAGACCGUGGACCAGAUGUUGGGGAAUGCUUUCUGCUGGAACCGUACCGACUACGUCAGAAUCCAGGCAAACGAACUGGUGGUGCCGGAUCCUGGGUUGGUGGGGCCGAGAUUGGGAGAAGCGGUGUUGGAGGAGAAAGGAGUGGAGUCGUUACCGUUUGGCGGAAAGCGGUUCCUGACGGAGACUAAUGGGCAGAGGAUCGAGAACUUCGUCCAACGCCUUGUCGCAUCUGGAAGGCCUAGCCUUCCCUCUAGUCCCAGCAAAGAAUCCGCAGUUGGGCCCCUUGCUAACGGCCGUUAGUUGCUUUUCACCCAACCAACUUGGGUUUACUUGACUCUUUUCACUAGUUUUGGAGUUAGCUCUGCUAAUAAUCAUCUUAAUUAGUGCAGGAAAUUUAUAGAUUCGGAGGAUUUGCUUCAUGUACUUGUAUGUUUGGUCAUAAAUUUAGCUAAAUAGCAACUUGCUAAUUAGCAAAAGUUAAUGCGGUAGCAGCCCAUUUGACAAAGCUUUUAUAAAUUAUCAACAUUUUU